AUGAAGUUCACCAAGCUCAGCCUGGUCACCGCGCCACUCGUCCUCACAGCUUCUGCUGCGGAGCAGAACCUCCACCUGGUCCUUGAGCGCGACCUCGUCAACUCCAAGUCGGCCAUCACCGUCUGGAACAACGAGCAGACCGAGGUCCUGGGCAAGUCGUGCACCAACUCUCUCACCGAUGGUGCUUUUGUCAAGCACGCCAUCUCAUUCUCUGUGAGCGAGAACGGGGCUGGUAACGUGACAGUCGGCGACAACACUUACCGCAUCGGCGACGGCGACGCUGGCUCCAUUGCCUGCGGACGAAUUGCUGCCGAGGACGAGCUGGUUGUUAACUGCGUCGUGCCUGUCAACGGACUUGGUGUGGACCUCAAGCCUCUUGCCAAGCGGUCCUUACGAGAGUGCUUCCCCGAUGGGUCUCUCGGAAUCGCCAAAGCCAUGGACGUCUUCGAGGGCAAGGUCGACGGGGAGAUCCCUUCUGACGUACUGAGCCAAGUCCCCAAGCUGUCUCAGAAAGAGAUUGACGAUGCUGUCAAGACGGCCGGCCUCUCUAAGCGCCAGACAGGCUGUGGUAAUUGGGUUACCCAAACCCGUCCGGUCGGCAACGGCAAUCCCCACCAGAAUCCAUUGCAUAUCCAGCUCAGUGAGGCCAUGGAGUGCCCCGCAAACAAUCAAUGCGUUGCAGGUAGAUUCGAGUCGCGGUCCUUUUCGAUUGGCUGGAGCGCCAACGCCGCUGUCUCAUGGAUCAGUGCCGGUUUCAGCGUUGUCCAGACUAUCGACACUGGUAACAAUUACGAGUGUUGGGGUAAUCCUCGAGACUGGUUCGCCGUUUGGAAGAAGCAGGCCCAGACUGCCUAUACUGUCCAACAGGGUAUCUACAACUCGUGUACUAAUUCAUGGCAGCCUGUCGGCGGGCACAUCAUUAUCUGGUCACCCAAUGCACAGAACAGGCGGGGAAACUAUUACUGCGUGUUUGGACGCCAGUAUGUUCGCGCUAUUGGCGACAGGUGGCUGGAUACCUCCGCCGGUGAGCCUGGCGGUCCCUAG